AUGGGUGGUGCAGUCCAGUUCCACGCGCCUCUAAGAGCGAUGCGUUCUACAUACUUUUCUCCCUUGCUACGUACCGGGCUAUUGCGGCGCUCUGCUUCAUUGAACACUACUCAGCCUACCCGGCGGAUCUCGUCUGGGUCCUGCCUCGGUUCCAGGCAUGCUAUGCUUCUGAGGCUACGGUAUGCAGUUUCGAUGCUCACUGGUCGAGUUAGGUCGUUUUCUCAGCCGUGGAUGAGAAUGAUGAGUUCGGAGCGACCGUCAGAGAAUGGUGGGCGGAAAUCGAGCUUAGAUACGACAUCGACGUUAAUCAGAAAGACGCUGACGUCUCGGCUUCCUACUCGUGAGAAUAUUUAUACGAUUCCGAAUAUUCUCACUUUCACGCGUCUCGUAGCGGCUCCAAUGAUUGGCUACUGCAUUCUUAAUUCCAACCAUGUCAUGGCUCUAUCGCUCUUUGCUUAUGCGUCAAUAACUGACUUGGUUGAUGGAUAUAUUGCCCGUCGAUUUAACCAACAAACGGUUGUCGGUACUAUCAUUGAUCCGAUGGCAGACAAAAUACUCAUGACGGUGGGAGUGAUUUGUUUAGCUAUGAAAUCAGCAAUCCCUGUUUGGCUCGCCGGCCUAAUCCUCGCACGAGACGUCGGGCUCGCAAUAUCCGCCAUUUACUACCGAUGGAUCUCCCUCCCGCCACCGAAAACAAUGGCUCGAUAUUGGGAUUUUUCUCUUCCAUCCGCAGAAGUCAAGCCAACACAAAUUUCAAAAGUGAAUACUGCCCUGCAGCUUUUGUUAGUCGGAUCAGCGGUGGCGAUUCCUGUUAUUCCUGAGGCGGUAUUGAGUGCAUGGAGUGUACAUGAAGGGAUGACGGGAUUGCAGUAA